GUUAGCACCACUUCGAAAAAAAUGGACCAUCCCAGAGCUAUUCAGUCUGAGUAUAAGUUCGCUGCCUAUUUUACGCCUUAGAGCUGCAGUUUGGAUUUAGCCCCGCCCCUUCCCUCUGUAAGGAGCUUCCUGUUCCUCAACUGUGUGAGGAAAGCGAGACGCCAGUUUCUUUCCUAGGGCAGAUGUGUGUGAGUCUGUCAGUUGAAAAUGACUGACAGGAACUUUAUGAGCAACUUGGAUAAGCUUUUGAUAGAACUUGUUUUUCAGCUAGAGCAGGAUACACAAGAUAAGGACAUUUUAAAAGAACAGAUUCAAACCCUUACAUUUAAAGUUUUGGAGGAGAAACAUCAUAUACACGAGCUACAAAAAGAUAUAGAGAACAGCCAGAAAAGCAUUGUGAAUUUGAAAAACUAUAGUCAAACUGAAAACUGCGUGGCUUGGAAGCCAACAUAUUUAAUUUUCAACAAGCAAGAAGAAUUCUUACAAAGUCAACUUCACAUUAACAUUAAAGGAUUUGAAAAUGAUAAAAAAAUAUACCUGGAAUCACUGCAUCAGUAUAAAGAAACACUAAGGCAACAUCAAGAACAGUACAUGGAAUCCAGACUGGCAAAAGAUUAUUGUGUGAAAAAACAAGAACUUGAUGAUAUCCAGAACCGAGUACUAAAGAAUACUGAACAACUGAAGAGGGAGGAAGAAAAUAUUUUACAUGUUUUAGAGCCUGCUGAUUUUCUGUCUACUACUGAAUGGGCUCUUCGACUUGUAUCACUGAGGAAAACUACGAAUGAAACCCUUGCAAACAUCACCCUGCUUUCUAGCAAGAUCUUUGACAUGACAGCUAAAUCUAAGGAUCUUGAACUAAAGCUAAAACAUAUGAGCCAGCAUACUGAAAAUUUCACUGAAGAUGCUAGAAGCAUAGAGCAUAUUCAGGAAAGAAUCCCUGAAGAAAAAAAUGUAGACAGAUCAAAAGGAAAACAAUUUUCACAGCUAUUACAUAUGCCAUGCUUACCUCAGAAGUUCCAUUUAAAGUUGAACAAAACAGAUAAAGAAGAAAAAUUAUCUGGAACUAGCCAAAGAACAAAUUGCAGCAUUUUACUUUGCGAGGAUCUCAAAAAGGAAACGAAACGUAACCAGUUUGGCAGCAAUGAAAACUGUUUGAAUUCACCAACAGCACCAAAUUUACACAGUCAUAUUCAAUUACGGCUUGUUCUUCCUCAAAAGAAAAGACCCGUCAAGCCAAACAUUACAGAAAUAGAGCGCACAGAGACUGGGCCAAAAGAAAUCACAAACAUAGCAGAGGAUUCUGGCCAUGCUUAUGAGGACAUAAAUUACAGCUAUGGAACAAUGGAGGAUUAUUCUGGUGAAGAAGCGGCACGUUCAGAAGGAAACUUUGCAGUCCCUUUGAGGCCUCCUCCUUUUUCAUUAUCACAGCUUCCUUCUACUGCAGGGAGCACAUUCAACACUGAGCCUGUCAACAAGAUGAAAUUCCAUGAUUCCAAAACAUCUACAACCAAACUAUGCCAAGACACAGAAAAAAUCCUUCCUUUUGAUUUUUUCAUGAGAUCUACACCCAAAGCUCCAAGACGAACAAUAUUUGACUCAUCUCCAUUUGGUUCCGAGAAUGUUUCAGACCAGGAUGACAUUUUUUCUCUUGUGGAUACAAAUUCAGCAUCGCCUCUGAAAAGUAUUGGCAGCAUAUUUGGAAAAAUGGAAGGAGAUGAUAUGGGAAGGAAAAUGGAAGGAGAUGAUAUGUUUACAUUCCCAUUUUCAUCAAAGCAAAGUUCUGAAGAUGAAAGGGAGGAGUUUGGCUUUACAUUUCCAUUUGGACAAGACCUGAAAUCAUCACAAGAUAACACAGACUUUGAACCACCUCCAAGUACAAUGAAGUUUACAUUCUUUUAGUUACAUAUUUUCCUUUGCACUCUGUAAAAUUUGAAUGCGUUAAGUUUAAAGCACAGGGUGAGUUAGUGGCCAUUUUUUUAACAGAUUAAAGUUGUGAGUUAACUUUAUAUUGCUGAUAACUUAAACACUGAUAAGUAACAGUGUAAUCUAUUCCCAUAGAAGCCCAUUAGGUUUAACACUCGUCAUUACCAACAUUGUUUAGUUUCUAAAGAGCAGUGUCACAUUAAA